CACAUUCUGUUAUUUUGAGUUUGACACUAACGGAGACCAGCGACCGUUUUGCGGAGACACACUCGCUUUAUGUUCGGUGAAGGCGGAGUUCAGCUUAAAUAAAGUCCUCUCUGACUCAACAGCGAAGUCAGUAGUAGUUCUCACUCUCACUGGAAUAAAGAGUGUUUUUCAUUUACAUUGCGACCGAACCUUCGUUUCUCGUUUUGACGGUAGUGAAAAGCAGACUAAUAAGGUUACAGUUUCACCUGCGGCAUUAUUCGGAGUAACGUUAACGUCACCUCGUGAUAGGUGCUCUGGAGUUGAUGAUGAAGCAUCUCUCAUUAUUCUGCCUGUAUGCACUGGUGACCUUGUAUGGCCAUAAGGGUGUGCUUUCCCAGCCUCCCUCCUAUGGUGAACGGGGCUCUGAUCUGGGCAUACAGGUAUUUCAGCAGGUAGUCCGCUCCAAGCCCCUGGAAAAUGUGGUUCUUUCACCCCAUGGUGUAGCUUCCAUCCUUGGGAUGUUGCUACCAGGAGAACAUGGAGAGACUCGAAAGCAGGUCCUCAAUGCUCUACGUUACAAGAAAAACGGCCCUUACAGGAUGUUGAAGAAGCUACACAAGACCUUGACAGCUAAGUCCAACCAGGACGUUGUGCUGAUUGCCAACGCCAUGUUCAGCCAGGAGGGCUUUCCCAUGGAGGAGGCCUUUGUAUCCGCCAACAAAGCCAACUUCCAAUGUGAGCGCAGGGACCUGGACUUCAGCAACCCCAAUGUGGCAGCAGAUGAAAUCAAUGAAUGGGUCAACAAUAAGACCAAAGGUCACAUCCCCAGCUUGAUCAAAGCAGACAUGCUGGACUCGGCUCUGACCCGUCUGGUUGCUGUCAAUGCAAUCUACUUCAAAGGCUUAUGGAAAUCUCGCUUCCAGCCCGAGAACACCAAGAUGAGGGCCUUCAAAGGGGGAAAUGGAAAUGUAUAUAAAGUUCCAAUGAUGUCCCAACUAUCUGUCUUCAGCAUUGGCAUGGCCACCACACCUCAGGGACUGAAAUAUAAGGUAAUUGAUCUGCCCUAUCACGGCAACACAAUCAGCAUGGUGAUAGUUGUGCCCUCUGAAGAGGACACACCUCUGUCCCGUGUCAUCCCACACAUCAGCACAGCCACAGUGCAGAGUUGGUCCAAACUGAUGCACAUGAGAAAAGUCCACCUGCUCAUCCCCAAGUUUACUGCUGAUGCGGAGGUAGAUUUGGAAGCCCCCCUUUCAGCACUGGGAAUAACAGACAUGUUCAGUCAGGACAAAGCUGACUUCAGACACCUCAGUGCUGAGCCUGUGCAUGUAUCCAAGGCACUCCAGAAAGCCAAAGUUGUGGUGAAUGAGGAUGGAACAAAAGCAACAGCUGCCACUACUGCCAUUUUGCUGGCUCGAUCCUCUCCACCUUGGGUUACAGUGGACAGACCUUUCCUAUUCCUCAUCAGACAUAACCCAACAGGUACUAUUCUGUUUAUGGGUCAGAUCAACCAGCCGUGAGCCCAGCCAUCACUGGCCAGCCCCUGGUAGCAUCAUAGGCCAGCACGGGAAAUGCCUCUACACUGCCAUGCAUGAACACACACACAAACACAUAUACACACACACUUUGCUGUAGACUAAUGUACAGUGUGGACAUGUUAUUUGUUAUUGCUUUUUAUGCUACCUGUUUUCUGUAACGCAUAACAUGCUUUAUAAAAAUGUUUUGCAGACUAAAUUUUCCAUUUGUUGAAAUUUUUUUUAUACUUUUUGAAUUCAUUUUUAAGACGUUGGAUGUCAGUUGUGUAUUUUCUCAACUCUGGAGUGGAUGAUUAUUUUAUUUAUCAUUUCACAGUUUCAGUUUAAAGGUUCUCCAUCUCAAGCCAUGUCACUCCAGCUUGUUCUAAGUUUCACUCCUAAGUUUUGACAAUGUACAUCCCAUCUUGAAUGCUUGCAUUCAGUUACUUUACAAUACUGUUUCUUCCUUACUGAGGAAAUCUUCUGUUACACUUUCAUAUUUUAUCAAAUAAAUUCACAUAUUUAUAACAUCAA